GCGGGGAAUCACAUUUUUCCCAACAUUUAUUAAUAGGUGAUCUGAGUGCAUGUAUGCUAGUAUCUAGUUUUGUCCCACAUCUCGUCCGUGUUUGAAUUUUAAAAGAAAUCAUGGUUUUUAAAGUUUUUCGGAUGUUUAUAAUGUCCUGCGUUAUUUCUAAUAUUUGUAAUUUAGCCGCUAGGACAGAAGAGCAAAAGGGCUUUACGAUCGAACUAAAAAGAAUAAAAUCUCCAUUCGAGCAACACUUGAAUGCACCAAAUUUGACGAAAUACGGCAUAAAUCUGGACUGGUUUUAUCAGAAAUCAAGUCAAACAAAUGACUCAAUAGCCCUCUACAGAUACCUUGAUAAUGAAUUUUAUGGCGAGAUCGUUGUUGGGAAGCCCGGACAGAAGUUUAAUGUUGCAUUUGAUACAUCAUAUCCCAUAUCGUGGGUGCUGUCAGCCAGAUGCUUUUCUUGGACCAAUUGGGGUUGCAUGUUUCACAAUAAAUAUGAUGACACCAAAUCCUCUACCUUUCAAAAAGAUGGUCGUCCUUAUGUAGCUGAUGAUGGUCAGGACAAAUUUACUGGUAUUUACGCCUAUGAAAAGAUCUCGUUUGCCCACUCGAAUGUUACAAACCAAUCGUUUGUGGAAAUGGAACAGGUGCCCAGAUCAUUGAUUUUCAGUAAGAUUGACGGAAUAUUGGGUCUGGGACAGAAAUUUAACGACUCGUACCAGCCGUUUUUUUAUACCCUUAUGAAUCAGUCUAAUAUCCCACCGCUAUUCUCAAUCUAUUUAAAUCGGGAUCGUCAGUCCAAUAAGGGAGGUAACAUCAUGUUAGGCUUCAUAAAUAAAAAGCACAUAAGGAAGCACAUGAGUCCAAACAAUAUACCUGUGGAAGACGAGAUCAGGUAUUUAAGUGUAGAACCCAGUUUUUACUGGCAGUUUAAAAUUGACGGCAUAUUGUUGAAUGAUACGAAAUCUCCGGUGAAAUUGUGUGACAAUGGUUGCACCGGUAUCACAGACACGAGUUCGAACAAGAUACUGGGACCAAAAGAAGAAGUAGAUGAAAUUCACAGGGUUCUCAAGGCGCGACCUUUCUUCCUGAACCGUUGGAGGGUAGACUGCGAUACGGUCAAUAAGUUGCCCAAAUUGUUUUUUACCUUGGGUGGAGAGGAUUUCGACUUGAAAGGGACCGACUAUACGACAAAGAUGAGUUAUUUCUCGUUUACUAUCUGCCUGUCUGCAUUCGUGCCCCAAGAAAUGUACCCAGACAAUUUCUGGGUUCUGGGCGGGGCGUUCCUGAGCCAAAUCUACACGAUUUAUAAUGUGGAAGAGAAACAAAUUGGAUUCGUCCGUGCAGCAUAGAAAUAAUUUUAUCAUACCUAACUUACCCACCUACUGUAUACUUAAGUGGUUAUGUUACAUGUGCCAUUAAUACGAUAAUAAUUAAAGCUACUGUAAUAUAUGUCUCA